CAGUCGCUUUCGAGGAGCUUUGUGGGGCAGGUGUGUUCAGGUGGUUUUUGCUCUCCAAGUUCCACCGGUUCCAGCUCCAGUUCCAUUUUUCGCAUUUUGCAUUUCGCAUUUCCCAACUGUGUGUGCCUUAAACUGUUUUUCCACAACAACUCGCACUCAAACUCGUACCACAACAACAGCGCCUUUUUUCCGUCGGUUUUGUUGGGUUUUUCUCCGAGAUUUUUCCACUACCCACUACUAACUGACUUUUCGAGACGCGUGUGCAACAAGCAAAAUAAUAAAAAAAAAAAAAAGAACAAACAACAAAAAAGGCAGACAUUGGCAAGAUUUUUUGCUGGCUUGGCCACAAAUUUAUAAACACCAACCCCAAGCCCACGUCGAGAUUUUAUGCAAAUGCAAUUGUGUCGGUUGUCCACCCCGGAAAAACUUGUGUUCUUGAUUUGCAAAAGUGAUUUCUAAUUGUUUCGACUUCUUGGUUUAACUUGCUACUGAACAAAAAAGGUCGGAAAAGUGAGUGAAACAGAGAGAAAGUAAAGAGGGAGAAAAAGCAUAGCGGAGUAUGUCAAUGUCAUUGGCCCGAGUGCAUUUGCAUUGGUAAAGGAUUUUCACCUGAGUCUUUGAUUUCUGGCCAUGGAUAUAAAGAUAGUCUAGUUUAAUGACGUCACUCUUGGAGAUUAUCAUGCGAUCGAAAGCGAUUGCCAGGAAAUUCAAUCAGGGCUCCAGCGGCGACGACUUCGAUCCAAGUGCGAGUGUUGUGCGUCAUCAUCAUCACCUCCAUCAUCUGGAUCUAAGUGCCAGGAGUCAGGCCUUUAAUCCCCUGCCUGAAUCUAUUGAGGAUUCAUUCGCCGCCCGCCAUCGUUUGCCACAACAGGAGCCCAUUGAAGGAUCUCCGACGAGGCGGGAUCAUCUUGAUCUUCAGGAUCAGGAGCUCCUGCAUCAUCCCAAUCAUCUUCAGCAGCAGCAUCAGCGUCAACAGCCUCCGCCUCCCACGUUGCCACUGUCAUUGGAGACCUCUCCCUCCGCCGUCGACGGUAUGGAGGCCUUCUUCAAGGAUCGCGUCCAGGCGGAGCACAUCCUGCAGGAAUGGGCGCGAAGGCGCGAACCCGUCUGUGAUCUGGACAUCCGUGAUAGCGGUGGCGUCUAUGCCAAGACGUCGCUUCAGAGGGGCACCCGCUACGGACCCUUCCCCAUGAAACUCAGCCACCAGCCCAAAGACCCGCAGCUGGCAUGGAAGGCCCGUGGUAGGCAUUAUAAUGGUUGGCUAGAGCCCACAGAAGAUGUGUCCACGUGGUUGAAAAAAAUCCGAAACGUUCAGGACGAUGGGGUUGGCGAGGCAAAUUUACAGAGUUAUAUUAAUGGAGGUUAUCUGUGGUACGAGACGAAUCGGUAUGUGAAUGCUGGCAGUGAAAUGGUCCUCGAUGGGCGACCAAAAAGUCCUGUUCAAUUAAAUGAAAAUUUUAUGAACGGCGGUGAAGUCCUGGCAGCAGCUGCAGCAGCAGCCGCCGCAGCAGUGGCAGCAGCCUCCUCAGGACCCAAAAGCGGCGGAGGUGGCAGCUCCCUGCCCAGUGAUGAUCGCAGCGAUCGUGAUAAUGGCUCUUUGUACAGUGGUGACGAAUUCUCCAAAGAUAAGAAAAACUCCUCGCUAAUCAGCCAGGGAGAUAUCGAUUUCACAGACGACGAAAACGGUUUCGAUAUACGCUGUGAGGUCUGUGAUAAAGUCUUUCCGGAUUUAGAACUCUUGGACGAUCACCUGGUGGGCGCUCAUCAUUACAAGCAGGACGAGUUCAGCUGCAAGCAAUGCCCAUUGCGAUUCUGCCAUCGUCCUCUGCUGAUCAAACACGAAGCGAUCUCCCACAAUAAUAUACGGAAAUAUUCCUGCGAAAACUGCAGCAAGGUAUUUUGUGACCCCUCGAAUUUACAGCGGCAUAUUCGCGCCUACCACGUCGGAGCUCGCUGUCAUCCGUGUCCGGAGUGCGGGAAAACGUUCGGAACCUCGUCGGGCUUGAAGCAGCACCAGCACAUCCAUAGUUCCGUUAAGCCCUUCGCCUGCGAGGUGUGUGCCAAGGCGUAUACUCAAUUCUCGAAUCUGUGCCGUCACAAACGGAUGCAUGCCACCUGUCGGCAGCAAAUGAAGUGCGACAAGUGCCAUCAGAGUUUCAGCACCUUGACCUCCCUAACCAAGCACAAAAAGUUCUGUGAUUCAGCGGGUCCGGUUUAUCGGAAUCAGCACGUGAAUCGCCACCAUCCGCAUCCGCAUUCUAUUCCGCAUCAACCACAUUUGGCCCCAACUGCCACAUCCACCUGUCCGGCGCCACCAAGGGAGUCCACGGAAACUUCGCCCUCAGCCGCCACUAUGUCGACACCGCCGAAUCCCUUCCUAAUGUUCGGCGCUGCACCGCCGUUCUUUCCCCGAUUUUCGCCAUAUGGAUUUCCAGCCUUUCUACCACAAAAUCCACUUCAUCCUACAAACAUUCCAAUGUUUUUCUCGAAAACUCACAUGGAAAUGGGAUGUGGGGGAUCCGAGGUUACGUCUCCGAUAUCCGCCUUUGAUCAAAAACUACCUUUUGGCUUCCUAAACGGCGAGGCCAGUGAUUCGCAGGUGGUCUAUGACAAAGUUAAGGAGAAGGAGUUGGCCUUUAAGAUGGAGGAAAAUCUCAAAAGGGAACCGCACCUGAACGUAUCCGAAGAAGAAGACGAAGAGAGUCGGAAUUCUCUGGAUAUCAAAAAGAAACCAGAGGAUAUGAAAAAUGAAUCGAAAUCUGAGGAGCAAAACGAGAUGAAACAGGAACCCGAGAGGGUGAGCAGUCCGGAUCAACAGCAGACCGAGGAUGAUAGGAAAUCCAUUGACAUUAUGAGCACUCCACCGCCCGCGGACACUCCUUCUGGAGGAGAUGCUCCACUAGAUCUUUCAGUAUGCCGCAAACGCUCAUCUCCGGUCGCUUACCUUCAUGCCCCUGAAGACGAAAACCUCAUGUUCAGCAGGUUUAUGCCCAGGAUACACGAAUUCGAUGCUGAAAUGGAGCCACCACCAAAAAUGCGAAAGUCACACAGUUCGGCAGAGUCAUCCACCUCGCACAAAUCCUUUAAGGGCAGCAGUCCCACGCCCACCGCCUCGCCCGGCCUUACCCCCUCGCCAUCCCCGCCCACAAGUGCUGGUGGUGAGCUAAGCAGCACAUCUGAGGGCGGAGCGUUACCGGCAGCAAUGGCAGCAGCAGCGGCAUCGGCAGCGGCCGGACCAGCGGACUUUACCGCUUUGGCUCAUCUAGCCCACCCACAGACUCAGCCCACCAUACAUCCACUAUUGCUGGAAGAGAUCUACCGUACGAGGUUUCCUUUUUUAUGCCCAACGGGCGGACGGCGCGGCAUUGAGGCGCUGCUGGCGGAAGCCGCCAGUGUAGUUGCCCCAAAGCGGCCGCUUCCGCCCGUGAAAUUCUCAACGGGCAACGUUGGGCUCAAGAGCAAGGAUCGUUAUUCCUGCAAGUUCUGCGGCAAAGUAUUUCCCCGAUCGGCCAAUCUGACACGCCACUUGAGAACCCACACAGGGGAGCAACCGUAUCCCUGCAAGUACUGCGAUCGGGCAUUUAGUAUAUCCUCGAACCUGCAGCGUCACGUUAGGAAUAUCCACAACAAGGAGCGUCCCUUUCGCUGCGAACUCUGCGAUCGGUCCUUUGGCCAGCAGACGAAUCUCGAUCGGCACGUGAAGAAGCACGAGUCGGAGGGCAAUAACUUCCGGGAUUCGCCCAGUUCCAAUGGCAUUGCCGAGCGGGAAGAGUACUUCGAUGAUAUACGCAAAUUCAUGAACCGAGUCUACACGCCGAAUAGUUUGGCCGGUAAUGAGGGCGAUACCGAGGAGUAUCCCAAUAGCGAUGAUCAGUCCGUGAACCUUGAAAAGGACAGCAACAACUUCAACAACAACAUCAGCAACAUCAGCAACAACAACAGCAGCAGGGGCAACAACAACCCCAAGGCCAUAACAAUAAGCUCUUAGAAAGCCUGAAGAAGAGAGACCUAUCCUUGUUGUUGUUAAAUGAAAAACUUACUUUAACUCUUACUUAAGCGUGCCUCCGAGAGGGAAAACCUAUCUUUAAGUAGUUACCAUUUCCACACAACUUGUACUAAAAACGAAACACUAAACAUUAGCUAUGCAAUCAAUGGAAAAAGACGGUGAAGCAUCAAAACUUAAACUACAAUUUAAAGGGAAAAACUUAAUAAACUAUAUAUCUAACUAUAUAUACAUACUUAAAACCACUCUAAAACCACCUUUAAAGUGUAGCUAAUUUAAACAUCUGUACAUAGACAUAUGCAAGUCUUAACUUAGUGACUCGAUUUCAACUACUUUGAAACUCUGUGGAUUAUAUACAUUACAUAAUAAACAUUUAGAUAUAUGAAUAUUUUGAUUGUGUACGUGUAUAGGCUUUAUAUAUGGUAUACAUAAAUCUAUAUGUGUAAAUCGAUUUAUAACGUAUUCUAUGUAAGUUUAACAUAUUUAUAGAGCUAAUUAUUGCAAUUCUCAACCAACAAAUCAACAAAAACAAACACAAAAACAAAAAGAAAAACCCGAAAAA